GGCGAGUGUGAAGUUAGGAAUUAACGCUCAAGUGACAGGCGAGUGUGUACAAGCUUUACACUUUCUAGAAAGUACUAGAUCAUGGAACACACUAUAGAUAUAAAUAAAGGGGCGACUAAAGGGGACAUUCGUCAGAAAGUAUGGAAUUACAUCGAGGCUAAAGAUCUAGCAAACUUCCCAAGACCAGUGCACCACAGAAUUCCCAACUUUAAGGGGGCACAUGGGGCUUGCAGUAAGAUUGUGAGCUUAGAGUUCUUCUCCAGAAGCAAUGAUAUCAAGGUGGAUCCAGAUAAACCCCUGGAGGGGGCUCGGUUAGCUGCUCUGCAGGCUGGAAAAACGUUGCUGGUUCCGACACCUCGACUCCGGACAGGACUGUUUAACAAAAUUGUUCCACCUAGUAAUGCCACCAGAGAGGAUCUGCGAGUGUGUUCUACUUCUCAGGGGGUUAAGGAGUUCAGUAUCCCGGUUGGUUUAGAUGCCAAGGUUCAGGUUGAUCUGAUGGUGGUUGGAUCUGUAGCAGUAUCAGAGAAGGGUUACAGAAUUGGAAAAGGAGAGGGAUUUGCAGACAUGGAAUAUGCCAUGAUGGUCUCAAUGGGAGCUGUGAAGGAUUCUACAGUGGUUGUGACUGUUGUUCAUGACUGUCAGGUUGUGGACGUUCCAGAAUCGCUAACUGAAAGUCAUGAUCUCACAGUGGACUAUAUACUCACUCCAACCCGGAUUAUCAAGACUGAUUGUAAGCACCCCAAGCCUCAGGGCAUCAUUUGGUCCAAGCUAGAUGCAGAGAUGCUGGAGAAAAUUCCCAUCCUGAAAAAACUGCGAGCCCUGGAACAGAAAGCCGGCAAGGACGUGAGACUAAAAGUGUCCCCUUCAGAAAGUGAAAAUGCCAAAAGAGAGCCUAAGCCUGAGGCUAAACCUAGUUCUGAUUCAAAACAUAGCCUCACACAUAAUCCUAAGCGAGAUCCCAAACUUCAGCUUACAGGCUCAAUGGGUGACCAGUGUGAGAAUCCAGAGGGAGAGUUUGACCAUUCCCAGAGUGCUAUCAGCACAGUUUACCUUGGUGAUAUCCCAGCUGGACUCAGAGUGAGUGAGCUGAAGGGUUUCUUGAGAGAGAGAAACAGUAUGCCUGUUAAGCUUACCUGGCAGGGGGCACAGCACAGGGCAUUCCUAGAGUACAGCGAUGGGCAGGCUGCAGAUCGGGCUCUGGUCUCCCUGCAGGGCCUCACUAUUAAUGGACACACACUGCAGGCUGAGCGAGCUAAGAGUCAAAAAGGUGGCCAUAGAUCCAGUGCUGACAAAGGCCAAAAGAGAACAAAACCACAAAAGACAUGACUAAAGGACACCACUACAGCAGUUAGAACAAGUAUCCCAAAAAAAGACAGGAGGCUGCAAAGACCCACAUUUCAUUUGGAGUAAAAAUUCACUUUUUGGUUUAAAAAUAUGUAAUAAAAAAAAAAAAUUUGUGAAUUUGUUAAUACUGAAGCUUUUCACCUGACUGAGAAAAACUGAUCCUUACAAGAAGUCAUUUUUUAUUAGGCUAUCUUCACUUAAUAAAGGCAGCAAUAUGUUUUUUUAUUUAUUUAAUGUUUUAUUUAUUAAUUGUUCCCCUGUUUUCUCACCAUUAUAGUUGUAUCCAAUUUUUUUUCCGACAUGUGUGCAACCAAUGAUUGCAUAUUUUCAUCUGCUAGAGGCGGGGUCUCACAGAGCACAGUAUUGCAUAAGGAGAGCCACACACUGCCCCUUCAAACCGCCUCUUCUGUGGGCACCUUAAAUAGCCAGCGAGAAACCCCUGCUCAGCACAGCUGAGACUGGAAUCGGAUCUUAGUGGUGUUGGUACAGCGCUGUAGGUUCUUUUGACUGAAUGAACACAAAAUUCCACAGACAUGCCCCAGAGCUGUUAAAGCUUAUAAAGAAGGGGCUUGUUUAAUAUUAAAGCCCAUGGUUUAAGCUCAAGGUCAGUUAUUUUGACAAAAAUUGAUCUGCUUCCAUCUCCCAUCUUCUGUAUGUAAAUGUCACUGUGUGAACAGCCUUCAGCACUUGCAGAGCCAUUAGGUCAUGUGGGUUUUCUAGCAUCAUGGAACUAAUGAGAUAAACUGAUUAGCACCAGGUACUUCCAGCAACCUCCGUCCCAAAAUAGAAAAACACAGUGUCAGCUGCAACAUUUCAACUUUUACCUUUAGUUACUUUCUGGUUGAAACUUGGAUGUUCUUCCCACGUGCCUCUGGCAUCCUUCAGGUAUUCCGGUUUCUUUUCUUUUCUUUUUUCAAAACAUGUCAGUAGGUUGAGGGUAAAUAAUGAAUAAGUGUGUGCUGGCCUUCAGUAGAAUUGCACCAUGUCUACGAUAGUUCUGGAACAGGCUGGAUCCAACCCAACCCAGAUCAUCAUAACAUUUUGUAAAGAGAAGUGAAUGUCUAAUGAUGAACAGAAAAAAACAAAAAUUGAAUACUGUACUAAUAAUGUAUAAAAGUAAUAAUAAUAAUAAAAGUAGUAUUAAUAA